AUGGAGUUCAUCCCCUGCCUUCUGCUGCUGGCCCUGUCCUGCCUGGGAACUUGGGGACAGGCCCCUCUGCAAAAGCAAGGGCACGCUGGGGAGGAAUUCCACUUCCAGACUCAAGGUGGGGGUUCCUGCACGAUGCGCCACCACAGUUCAGGACCCGGAGCCGGGGACGUCCAGCUGCGCGUCCACUGCCAGGACCAGGCGGGGCCGUCCUGGUGCGAGUACAGCGGGCAGCCCGGCGUGUGCCAGGCCUUCGCGGCCGACCCCGAAGCUUACUGGGACCAAGCCCUGCAGGAGCUGAGGCGCCGCAGCCACCCGUGCCGUGGGGCCCCGGUGCUGAGGCCGCCCGUGUGUCAGGCGGCGGGGCCCCAGGCGCACAUGCGGCAGGUGGCCUCCAGCCUCGCGGGCAGCCCCGCACCCCAGCAGCACCCUAAGACUGCCAAGGCGGGGAAGCUCCCUUCCAGGCCUGGGACCCCCGCAAAACGCACGGAAGCAACGCAGCAGGGAGAGGACUCAGCGCAAAAGCUGCAGCAAGGGAAGCCCACCACCCGAGCCACAGUCACGGCCACGGCCACCGCGGCUGGACCCGGGUCUGUGGGGAACCAGGAAGCAGAGAAGGCCUGGGAGCGCUGCUGGAAGCCCCUCCAGGCCCUGUGUGCCUUUCUCAUCAGCUUCUUCCGGGGCUGA